CGAACCUUUAGACCUUUAUUAUUGGCUGUGCUGCCGAGGAGUUUUCGUUUAGUCAAGACUCAAGAGUGUUGCUUUCUGAAGGGCAUUCUGUGAGGCGUUUCUACGUGUGUGUUUGCAGUCUCUGAGGGUGUGUUUGAUAUCAGACAGCUAUGAGUGGUAAAUACAGUGUGGUGUUACAGGGUCCGGCCCCUUGGGGCUUCAGACUGCAGGGGGGGAAAGACUUCAACAUGCCUCUCUCCAUUUCACGCCUGACGGAUGGAGGAAAGGCUGGUAAAGCGGGAGUCGCUGUGCGAGAUCUGGUCCUGUCCAUUGAUGGCAUCAGCACUGAAGGCAUGAACCAUCUUGAGGCUCAGAAUAAGAUUAAAGCCAGCACAGACAAACUCAACCUCUCGUUACAGAAAGCUUCCAGUCUUCCAAAACCAGAUGUGGCACCAAAGGAUGUUUCUGUGGAAAUCAUCAAACCCGUCCCCAUGACAACCUGCAUUCCAUCUUCCUCUGACAUCACAAACUCCACCCACAUCACUCCAUCCUCCAAUAGGGGCGCUCGUUCGUUUGGAGGGGCGGGGUCACCACACAUAGCCUCCAUUCCCUCCGCCGCAUCUGCUUUUGCACUCGCCUCCUCAGCUCAAAGCCCUUAUCCACUGGCUCCGCCUACUCCUACUGAUGGCUCGCCAAAUCAUAUACCGUCGGUGCCCCGCCCUUCGGUGUAUAACACACCCAUCUAUCUCUACUCCAAUGAGAAUGCUUGUGAAGUUGCCAUGGGCCAGAGGCGGGGUCUGUUGGAAAGCCAGGGUGAGAGCUCUCAGCUGAAUGGAAAACCUCCAGUUUACAGACUUCCUCGUAAGCCUAUCACAGAGACAGACAUUGAGUUUUACCACAUCCCAACUCACGGUGAUGCCAGCAGGAAACGCAUCAUGGAGGACACGGAGGACUGGCGCCCACGGACAGGAACUUCACAGUCCCGAUCCUUCCGGAUCCUGGCCCAAAUCACCGGCACUGAAUCUGAACUUGAUCCCUCACAUGAGGCUGAAUCUGCAAAGAAGACAACAAACGAGGAGCUGGAUGAUCCUCAGCCCAACACUCAUGUCACCUGUCCUGUUAAGACCAUGACCAAAGCCCCAGGAACGCCUGUCAGAAACACAGCAGGUCUCAUUACUCCCACUUUUGGUGUCGUGAGCAACAACACACCUUUAGGCCCCGCCUUAGACCGCCCGAUGCCCCGCCCACACCCAAAAGACGAAGCCUCAUUGGUCCAGAUGGCAGAACACAUCCCUGCCGGCACACGCACUCCAAUGUGUGCUCACUGCGACAUGGUGAUCAGGGGGCCGUUCCUGAUGGCGAUGGGUAAAUCGUGGCACCCGGAGGAGUUCACAUGCGCUCACUGCAGCGUGUCUCUGAGCGAGCUGGGGUUUGUGGAGGAACAGGGCUCUGUCUACUGCCAACACUGCUACGAAGAGUUCUUCGCUCCGACAUGCUCACGCUGCCAGCACAAAAUCCUGGGGGAAGUGAUCAAUGCACUCAAGCAGACCUGGCACGUGUAUUGCUUCCUCUGUGCAUCCUGUCAGCAACCGAUAAGAAACGAUACUUUUCACCUCGAGGAUGGAGAGCCAUACUGCGAGAGAGAUUACUACAGUCUGUUUGGGACGGGUUGCCGUGGCUGUGAUUUCCCAAUAGAAGCAGGAGACAAGUUUCUAGAGGCCCUGGGCGGCACCUGGCACGACACCUGCUUCGUGUGCUCAGUUUGCAGCGUCAGUCUGGAGGGACAGACCUUCUUCUCCAAAAAGAACAAACCGCUUUGCAAGAAACACGCUCAGACUCUCAAAAUAUAAAAAGACUGUUGAAGUAUGUGCAAAAAAAUGUAAAGAACGCAUAUUUACAACAAUAUAAAUAUCACAUACUCAAAGUAAAAGCAGUUCUGAUGAGGUUUGAAGUGAAGUGUGAGAGCUGCUGUUUGAAACUCUUUAUGUGUUGUUUCUUCAUCUUUUCUUUUGCUUUUCUCUCUUUUAACCUUCUCACUUCACAUACAUUUAUAAAAUGCACUAUAUAUAUAAAAAAAGGUUGUUUCAACUUAAAAAAGUAAGUGUUCGUGCUGCUUUAAAAUUGUAAGUUUAGUCAACUUGAAAAGUGAAGUUGUACUAAGUGACAACUUAGAUAUUUGAGUUGACUAAACUUCAAAUUUUAAAGGAAGCACGAACACUUCCUUUUUUAGUUAAAAAACAAUAUUUUUUACAGUGGACCAAGACAAUUGGAAUGAGAACAUACUUGAGAGUAAAUGCACAUUCAUUUAUCUAAUGUUGUGUUGCUGUUAUGAUGUAUUUUUGUAGGUCAACGCAGAAGUUCGCAUCACUUUGGUUCCCUUCUUCGUCAAAAAGCCAGUAUUGUUCUAUUGGCUUCAGGAUUAUAAGCUCUGAACACCAUCAAAAUGAACACCAAUUUUAUGAAUUUUGAAGCCUAAAUUCAAUCACCUGAAGCAGAAGCUAACCAAACUACACCAAGUGCGAAUAACUUAAAGAUUUGUUGUAAACUGUGGUGGCGUUUAUUUAAAAUCUACAAGUUGGAAGGUUCGAGUGAGAAUAGUUUGCAAGAGCAUGAUUGUAAACAGUGAGGCAUUGAAAGCGACUAGUGUGUAGAUGCAUUUACGGUCACCGUGAUUUUGCCAAGUAAAACAUGUUCCUGGAACAACAUUCCUGUCUGAAAAUGUAGUGCAAACCAUAUCCCUAAACCUAAUCCAACCCAUAAUAGAGGGAAAUGAUGGCGAAUAACACUGAUGUAGAAGCACCUAACCCUGGUUGUAAGCCUAAACUUGACAUUGACAAAGAUGUUGUGUUGGUGAAAUCACAUUCACCAUCAGUUUAUCCGUUCAGCUGAUGAUGUCUAAAAGCCUAAAUUCAAUCAAAGCGAUCGAGUCGCUGAAACCGCUCAAUUCAUAUGGAUUAGUUUUACGAUCUUAUUCGCCCCUUUUCCACCGAAGCAUUUUGAGAGCCUCAUUUCGACAGCCAAAGAACCAGUUCUCGGACAGGAAAGUUGGUUCCAAAGCGGCACCAACUCUUUGCUGGACUAGAACUGUAGAGAACCGUUUUUUUUACCACGUCACCCUUACGUUGGGGGCUGGGGGUGGGGUGACCAACAACACGACGGGAAAGGUUGUGACCACCAUUGCUAAAAACAGUGCUAGUAGAAAGAUAGUCUGACCCCAAUAUAGGAUCGCAAAGCCAGGAGAAACAUUUGCAGAAAGACGAUGUCGUCCGCUAUUGUAAUAGCUAUGCUUAAAUUUGUCGCAAGCGUUUCAGGGAAAGCCAAGACUUUCGCCAAAUAUGGCAACGUACAUUCUUAGAAGAAAUGGUUCUAUUUAGAACCAGAAAUGGUUCCAUCCCCCGCUUCAUAUAUGGAACUCCAAAAUG